CAACAAAUACACAGCAUGACUUGGAUGUUCCUCUGAGGGAGAUUGUGCACAGGUUUUUAAACGCUUCAGAGACAAAAGAGCCUGACAAGACAUGCCUCGCCAAUUCCCAAGGGUAACUCUUAGCGAGGCGCAAAAAGAGACUCAGAUGCUGGCGGAGAAGGUUUAUGCAUCUGCGUUAAAGGAAGAAGACACCAAAGAUGCCUUAUCAAUGUUCACCGUGCCUGAGGACUGCCCCAUCGGCUUCCAGCAAGCCAUGGAGCACGAGCUGCUCAAGGAGCUGGCAGAGCAACAGUCAGAGCAGUCUACCAAGAGGAAGAAAAGCUUGAGGAUGAUUCGCUCCCAGUCAUUGGGCCUGCAGAUGCCAAUGAGUACAGAUUGGACGAGGCCAGUGACUGUUACACCAUACCUGUCCCCAAGCUCCACCUGUUCAUCAGUGACAGAAAACCGCCCUGAUUACCAGAGGGUCACUAUUAGUGGUGAUUACUGUGCUGGAAUCACAGUGGAGGACUAUGAACAGGCUGCCAAAAGUCUGUUAAAGGCCCUGCUUAUUCGUGAGAAAUACUCAAAGCUGGCCUAUCAUCGGUUCUGCAGAACAACGACCCAGUUCCUCUGCAGUGCUGAAAACAUUCCAUGGAGCGAGGAGGAUGAGGUUCAACCAGAUAUGUGCCCAUGUCCAUUAGGUGAUGAAGAUCCCUACAGCAUGGACAACAUCCCAGAGAACCUCAACUAUGAACUGAAGAUGAAGGAUGGAAUAGUGAAUGUGUACGACAACGCUGAGGCGCUGAUACAAAACCAGCCCCAUGACCUUCCUUAUCCUGACUUAGAAACAUUCGCCAUCGACCUCGGCCAUUUGCUGGCCAUGAUUGCAGAUGGACCCACGAAGACUUACUGUCACAGACGACUAAAUUUCUUGAGUUCAAAGUUCUACCUCCACGAGAUGCUCAAUGAGAUGGCCGAGUUAAAGGAGCUGAAAAGUGUUCCUCACAGAGAUUUCUACAAUGUCAGGAAGGUGGACACUCAUAUUCAUGCAGCUGCCUGUAUGUCUCAGAAACACCUGCUGACUUUCAUUCAGAAAACGUAUAAGACCGAUGCCGACCGUGUGGUGCUGGAGACGGCCGGACAAAAUAUUACUCUGCAGGAGGUUUUCCAAAGCCUCAAUAAAGACCCAUAUGACCUGACUGUGGACUCUCUGGAUGUACAUGCGGGGAGACAAACCUUCCACCGGUUUGAUAAGUUCAAUUCCAAGUACAACCCAGUGGGCGCGAGUGAACUUCGAGAAAUCUUCCUGAAAACAGACAACUUCAUUAAUGGAGAGUAUUUUGCUCGCAUCAUAAAGGAAGUGGCCCAUGACCUGGAGGAGAGUAAGUAUCAGCAUGCAGAGCCUCGUGUGUCCAUCUACGGACGCUGUCCAGAGGAGUGGGACAGUUUGUCCAAGUGGUUCAUCCAUCACAAAGUCCACUCUCCAAACAUGAGGUGGAUCAUUCAAAUACCCAGAAUAUAUGACAUUUUCAAGUCGAAGAAGCUGGUACCUAAUUUUGCCAAGAUGCUGGAGAACAUUUUCCUUCCUCUGUUUGAAGCCACCGUUAAUCCACAGGACCACAGAGAACUGCACGUUUUCCUCAAAUACGUGUCAGGCUUUGACAGCGUCGACGACGAGUCCAAACACAGCGAUCACAUGUUCUCCUUCAGGAGCCCGAAGCCAGAGCAGUGGACUGCAGACGACAACCCUCCCUACAGCUACUACCUGUUCCACAUGUAUGCAAACAUCAUGGUCCUCAACAACCUCAGGAAGGAACGUGGACUGAGCACCUUCCAGUUCCGCCCACACUGUGGAGAAGCUGGAUCCAUCACUCAUCUGGUCUCUGCCUUUCUCUCUGCUGACAACAUCUCACACGGACUCAACUUGAAGAAGAGUCCUGUGUUGCAGUACCUGUACUACCUGGCCCAGAUGCCAAUUGCAAUGUCUCCACUCAGCAACAACAGUCUGUUCCUGGAAUACUCCAAAAACCCUCUGAAAGAGUUCCUGCACAAAGGCCUGUGUGUGUCCCUGUCCACAGAUGACCCCAUGCAGUUCCACUACACCAAGGAGCCACUGAUGGAGGAGUACGCCAUCGCAGCUCAGCUGUGGAAGCUCAGCACCUGUGAUGUUUGUGAAAUAGCCAGGAACAGUGUUCUGCAGAGUGGACUGUCUCACCAGGAGAAGAAGCACUUCUUGGGCGUGAACUACCUGAAAGACGGACCCGAAGGGAACGAUAUCCGGCGGACCAAUGUGGCACAGAUCCGCAUGGCCUACAGACACGAGACACUGUGUAAUGAGCUUAGCUUCAUAGUGGAAGCGGUGAAGUCUGAAGUCGUAAAUUCCCAAAGUGACUAA